GGUGGGCGGGGUCAAGGCUCUGUCUCACACCGCGACGAGUGGUCGGAGCUUUCUCCCCUCUCCUUCCCCUUCCCCUUCCCCUCCCAGGAAAGGCUGGGACCCGGCGCCCGGGCUAUCCCGCGGCCGCUGCGGCCUCAGCUCCAGCCAGGCCAGGGUACGGAGAGUCCAGACCGCUUCCAGGGCGAGUGCUCCUGAUCGUGACAUCACAUCCAUCCCCUUGGCGAUGGAGCUUGUCACUAGGAAGGAAGACUCAGUCGGAGAAUAGCCAACAAGAUGGGUCACUGGGAGCGUCUCCUGAGUGGCACUGAGUGGAGGCAUCAGGGGGUUGGAGCCUUGUGAACAGGGAACCUGCCCCCCAACACUUGGAAGGACCUGGGUUUCAGUGAUGAGACAUGGGGUAUGAUGUAACCCGUUUCCAGGGGGAUGUUGACGAAGACCUUAUCUGUCCUAUUUGCAGUGGAGUCUUGGAGGAGCCAGUCCAGGCGCCUCACUGCGAGCAUGCUUUCUGCAACGCCUGCAUCACCCAGUGGUUCUCUCAGCAGCAGACGUGUCCGGUGGACCGAAGCGUUGUGACGGUCGCCCACCUGCGCCCAGUACCUCGGAUCAUGCGGAACAUGUUGUCAAAGCUGCAGAUUGCCUGCGACAACGCUGUGUUUGGCUGCAGUGCUGUUGUCCGGCUUGACAACCUCAUGUCUCACCUCAGUGACUGUGAGCACAACCCAAAACGGCCUGUGACCUGUGAACAGGGAUGUGGCCUGGAGAUGCCCAAAGAUGAGCUGCCGAACCACAACUGCAUUAAGCACCUGCGCUCAGUGGUCCAGCAGCAGCAGACACGCAUUGCAGAGCUGGAGAAGACCUCAGCGGAACACAAACACCAGCUGGCGGAGCAGAAGCGAGACAUCCAGCUGCUAAAGGCAUACAUGCGUGCAAUCCGCAGUGUCAACCCCAACCUUCAGAACCUGGAGGAGACAAUUGAGUACAACGAGAUCCUAGAGUGGGUGAACUCCCUGCAGCCAGCAAGAGUGACCCGCUGGGGAGGGAUGAUCUCGACCCCGGACGCUGUGCUCCAGGCGGUAAUCAAGCGCUCCCUGGUGGAGAGUGGCUGUCCUGCCUCCAUUGUCAACGAGCUGAUUGAAAAUGCCCACGAGCGGAGCUGGCCCCAGGGUCUGGCCACAUUAGAGACAAGGCAGAUGAACCGGCGUUACUAUGAGAACUACGUGGCCAAGCGCAUCCCUGGCAAGCAGGCUGUCGUCGUGAUGGCCUGUGAGAACCAGCACAUGGGUGACGACAUGGUGCAGGAGCCGGGGCUUGUCAUGAUAUUUGCGCAUGGUGUGGAAGAGAUAUAGGAGAUCUCGACGGGCUAUGAGGAGGAGAUGAAAAUCAGAAAAUCCUGUCACUCCAGCAGUGGGGCCCUGAGUCCUCCCCACUUCCCUUAAUACCGUGGCUUACACCUGAGCCACACAUCUCCCUGCUCUUCUGGCACUGAAGGGGGGCCCCGGGGCACUCUGCUCAGCCUUUCAGGUGGGGAACCCAGAUUCCCUCCUUUUGCUUUAUUUCUUCCCCUAAGAUGUCUGUAAAUUUUCCAUCUGGUUGGGAAAGGCCCCACCUCUAUAUCUGUUUUCCUGCCUAGGGUCCCUGGUUCCAGUUAUUUUCAGAAAGCACAAGGAUACUCAUUUUCUCCAGAGGAUCAGGGUGGAGUGAGGAAUCUCUAAGUGUUCCCCUCCUCCAAAACCAAGGAAUCAGAACAGGCAGGACUAUUGACUCUAAACAGCAUUUAGAGGGCAGCUAGGGGAGAAAUGGUGAGGGUGGAACAAAACCCUAGAAAUGAAUAAGGAGGCCAGCCGGCCAUUGUUGGUGGCCCUUAGGGGAAGACUGGACCUCUGUGCCAAGCAAUACCCCAUUCAGCCCACCUUAAAGGUGUGGGCCCCCGCUGGGUCUGCAGGUGUGCAGGUUAGGAUACUGAAAAUUUCCAGAUGAGCUCUUCUUUCCUACACUUCCUCGUGGUUAGGGAAUGACAGGGGUGGGGGUGAGGGGUUAGUCUACUGGGGUGCAUAUGCUCAGCAGGAAGCAGCUCUCUGGCGUUUGCUGGAAUCGGGUAGGCGCUGCCUCUGUGGCACAGGCCCUAAUGGUUCCGUAGACCCUUCUCCAGCCCGGUGAUUGUAACUAGUUAUUUUGAUAAUUUCCUUUGGCCAUUGUUACUUGUUUAUAUUUCACUCCCUCCCUCCCACUUUUUUUUUUUAAGAAUGGCCUGAUUAUGGCUACCCCACUUUUCCAGCCCAGCCACAUUGUUGGCAAUUUAAUUUAUUUACUUUUUUUUUUUUAAGAAAGGAAAAAGAAAAAAAAUUAACAAAACUUAAAACUUUUGCUCUUCCUAUUGUGGGGAUUCUGGAUAGGGUGGGACAGGGAUGGGAUCUGUUUUAUAUUUUUCCUUUUCAGCACAACCUUUGGCUUUAAUAUAGGAGGGCCAAGGGAGUCCUUGGCUGAACUUAUGUCUGUCCCAGUCCUCCAUAACCCAUCCGAGAUGAGGAGCUUCCUCUAUUCCAGUGAUGGAUGUGACAGUCCAGCAUCGAUGCCUGUGCCCUCUGGAGAACUCUGCUCCCAGCCUAUCCAGGGUCUCAUUGUAAAACUCUGGACUUAGAGUAUUAAUUUUGAAGAAACCCUGCCCACUAUGCGCCUCCCCUACCUGCCUGGUUUCCUUGGAGAUAAACAGCUGGGUUCUAAGCUUCACCAGGCAAAGUGGGAUAGAAAGUAUGCCCCUGAGUACAGGCUGUACUCUGCCUCACCCAGGCCCCCAAGGACUUGAGCUCCACUUCAGGCUGCCCAGGGCAUGCCGUGAUCCCUAGGGUGACUGGCAGAGUAAGAGGAGAGGAGGUGGUGGGUGUGGGGUAGUGGGUAGUGGGUCUUAAUAAGCAGGUGGGAGGUGGGGUUGGAGAGAUGGCCGUGUAACAGCUGCUGCUCUUUUUGGAGUUGCUCUCCGGGCCAGCUUGCUGUAGGUCUGGGUAGUUGGGUCAUGGCCCCAGUGGGACUGUGGGCAGGAGAGGGAUACAGCGUGGAGGGCGUGUGGAACAUCGUCAUGUGUUCCAGCUCCAGGACGUUGUGCUCAGGAAUUUGAAAACGCUGCUAUACUUAGUCUGGUUACGACAUUUCUUCCACCCCCACUGCCCCGGCCCGCCUUACCAAGGCCCAUACCCUCCUGUCGUCAUCCUCAGAUGGAGCCAGGAAGCUCAGUAAAGGCUUCCCUACCCUUUGCACUAGUGUCUCUGCAGGUUGCUGGUUGUGUUUUAUGUGCUGUUCCACGGUGUUGACUGCACUAAUAAACCUUUUACUCAACUCUAAAUUCUUAAUUCACAUCACUCCCCUCUUGAAGGUUCUCCUCUGCCUUGUCCUUUCUCUCGCCUUAAUUCCCCUUACUUCCUCCCCACUUUGUAACCCACUCUUGUCUCAGAACCUCUGUUUAGGAGGAUAUCUGUCUGAGAGGAGUGCAUUUCAUAUCUUCUUUGCCCUGCGUGCCCUCCUGUGUCCUUCCCUCCUGUCCCCUGUUUUGUACAAUGAAAGCUCUCACUAGUGAUCUGAACUGUAUUCUUUUCAGGGUUUACCUUUGCUCCAAAUCCACAUCUUCUUACGUGCUCUGGGAUUUCAGGAUACUUUCUAUGAUGAUAUGCUAGUAACUUUCUCCCUUGUCCCCCAAGCACCUUUGCUUUGGAAUCUGGGAUUCCAUCACAGGCAGGAACCCUCCACCCUUGUGUCCUAACCAAGAAGGUAAACACAAGGAAAAGAACCUGGAACAUCUGCACCUGCUGUGGUUGCUAAGUCUUGCUAAACCCUUUUGUAGGCAUCUGCUGCCAUCUUCCUAUCAUGAGAAAAUAAUCUUUUACCGCAGUGCUAUAUUUUAAACUUCUUCAGCAUUUAUCAUGCACCUAAUAUAAACUUGGUAGUACUCUAGCUACUCUAGUGGGGCAAAAAAAAAAAAAACCCCACAAAACACC